UUUUAAUAGGUUGUAUGAUUGUAUUUUCGAAAGGCGCCUGUACACUGGGUGAGGAUACUCCUGUGUCACUGACAUUUGAUUCUGCAUCAGACGAAAGUUCUUCAUCUGCAGUGAGUGCAGAUAAUUCCAUAAAGAAGAAUGCACAAACCCGAAAUACAUCUGCCAAGAGCAGGAAGAGAAAGUCAAAGAUGGAGUCAACUUUGGAAAUAUUUGCGGACAAGAUUACAAGCGCCUUGAAGAAUGAUGAGUCGGAGCUUCUGUUGAAGAUGCAAGCAGCUCAGCAUGAGCACGAUCUUAAAGUGCUCUCCAUGUUGACCCAGCUCAUCACACGCCAACAACCACCUUUCUACCAGCAGGCAGUACAGGUUCCACAUCUUUACUGCCCAACACAGUCUUCACUCAUCCAUUCCACUCCAUACCCCAUGGCUUCAACUCAGUCUCCACCAUUUGAGAUGUCCAAUCAGUCUCUGUCUUUCCAACAAGAUUUAGCUCAACCUCUUCCUUUUGGUAAUUCCCUUCCACCAUCUCACAAUCUGGGUCAGCCCUUUAGACCAGAACGACCAAACCCUCGAGACCAGGCUCAGCAUGCAUCCUUUAACCAGGCCUUUACGUCAUCCUACCCUCCUCCAGAUGAACAGGAUUAAACUACUUUAAGGCAUUAGUUUAAAUGUUAUAAA